AUGGCAGUAUCUCUUGGCCCUUUAUCUGAUCCGAGGGCAGAACUUACACUGACGGAAAUCAACCGGGAGCUUCAGUUGCAGCUGGCAAAGAACAAGCAGGACUUCCGAGACCUCACGGAGAAAUUCCUUGUAAUUCGAAGUCAGGCGCGAGAGCUGACCCAGUUACGGCAGACAUUACGGGAAGGGAAAGAUGACUCUGUUCUACUCAAGCAGCACCUCAAGGACCUCCUCACCCACAAUGACCUUGACAACCACCAGGGGCAGGGCUUCCGAGAGCAGCUGACUGAGGGACAUAGGCUGGCAGAGCGCCUUGCCCGCAAGCUCAGCCCAGCGACAUCACAGCCCCCACAGCGACCCCUGACUCACAGGGACAAGCGCGCAGUUACGCCUGCGGUGUGA